CGAGAGCGAUUACGAUGCGAACAUAAACACAAGCUCGCUCGCAGCAACCCUGCCCUGCUGCGGCACCGCGCGCAACUGGGUCAGUGGGCCGCCCCCCGCGCCCCCCCCCACCCCCUCCCACCGCCCGCCUGGUGGCGCAACCGCGCGAACGCGCACUAACAUAGACCUGGAUCGCGGGAAAGUGGGUCACCGACUCACUUUCACUUAUUACAUGGACUCCUAAUCGUUUUCCAUUGUGCGAGCGGGCGGGGGCUCGCGGGUGGCGGCGGGGCGCGCAUGCGGGAGGCGCCGGCACGCGCGACGUUGUCGCCGGCUGCCAGUCGAUCCCGGGACGUCCACAGAGUGGCACGCGUGUCGCCGCCUGUACUUACACUUGCGACGAUCGUAAUAGAGCGCGCGCCUUCAAACUUACGAACGGUUACCACGCACACCGGCGCCCGGCGCCAAUAGGACUUUUGACAAGACAAGCGUAGGACAACAUGUGCUGGAUUAACGUGCCUCUUCCUAUAGUGUUCGAACAGGUGCAGCCCGCAAACGGCAGAUAGUGUUGCGGCUAGACCGCUAGUGAACUCGGUGACUGUGUAAACGUUGUUGCGGUUGAACGCCGGUAGGAUUUGCAAUAAACAGCCGCUACGUGCGGCCGAGUAUGACGAUGGACCAGCAGACAGGCCUCAUGUCCCUCAACAUGUCCCCGUUCGAUCUGAGCCCGGGACCCGAAGGCUCGGGUUCGGGCGGCGGGCCCUCGGGAACUUCCCAACAGUAUGUGCCACAAGGUGCCGCCUACCAGUGCGGGCCGGAGCAGCAGUCUUUCGGCUACGCCAAUUUGGAUCCUUCUUAUCUAUUUCCCACAGGCGCCGGCGGCGAGGCUGGGGCCUACCUCCCGGCGACCGGCGCGGUGUGCGACCAGACCGACACCAAGGAUGUCAUCGAAGAACUGUGUCCCGUGUGCGGAGACAAAGUCAGUGGAUACCACUACGGCCUGCUCACAUGCGAGUCAUGUAAAGGAUUUUUCAAGCGGACCGUACAAAAUAAGAAGGUGUACACAUGCGUCGCAGAACGAGCAUGUCAUAUAGACAAGACACAGAGGAAACGCUGUCCCUUUUGCCGAUUUCAGAAGUGUCUGGAUGUCGGCAUGAAGCUUGAAGCCGUUCGAGCAGACCGUAUGCGGGGAGGGCGAAACAAAUUUGGCCCUAUGUACAAACGAGACCGCGCUCGCAAGCUUCAAAUGAUGCGACAGAGGCAGAUAGCAGUGCAAACACUGCGAGGAUCGAUUGGAGACGGUAGCCUCGUACUAGGCUUUGGCUCACCCUACGCGUCAGUGCCAGUGAAGCAGGAGAUUCAGAUUCCGCAGGUGUCAUCGCUGACGUCGUCGCCAGAGUCGUCGCCGGGCCCCGUACUGCUGGCCGCGCAGCCACAGCCGCAGCAGCCGCCACCGCCUCCUGCGCACGACAAGUGGGAGGCGCACUCGCCGCACUCGGCGUCGCCCGACGCCUUCGCUUUCGACGCUCCCGCCACAAACGCCGCCACGCCCUCGAGCACCGCCGAGCCCACGAGCACGGAAACCCUGCGAGUCUCGCCCAUGAUCCGCGAAUUCGUCCAGACUAUUGACGACCGCGAGUGGCAGAACUCACUCUUCGGACUCUUGCAGAGCCAAACUUAUAACCAGUGCGAAGUUGAUCUCUUCGAGUUAAUGUGUAAAGUGCUGGACCAAAACUUGUUCUCUCAAGUGGACUGGGCGCGAAACACCGUGUUUUUUAAGUAUUUAAAGGUUGACGAUCAAAUGAAGCUGCUACAGAACUCGUGGUCGGACAUGCUGGUGCUGGACCACCUGCACCAGCGAAUGCACAACGGGCUGCCGGACGAGACGACGCUGCACAACGGCCAGAAGUUCGACCUCAUCUGUCUGGGGCUGCUGGGCGUGCCCGCGCUGGCCGACCACUUCAACGAGCUGCAGAACAAACUGGCAGAACUCAAAUUCGACCUUCCAGACUACAUCUGUAUUAAAUUCCUACUUCUGCUUAAUCCCGAGGUGAGGGGCAUCGUGAACGUCAAGUGCGUCCGCGACGGCUACCAGACGGUGCAAGCCGCGCUGCUAGACUACACGCUCACCUGCUAUCCAAAUAUACAGGACAAGUUCGGCAAGCUGGUGACCGUGGUGCCGGAGAUCCACGCGCUAGCGUCGCGCGGCGAGGAGCACCUGUACCAGCGGCACUGCGCGGGCCAGGCGCCCACGCAGACGCUACUCAUGGAGAUGCUCCACGCGAAACGCAAGCCGAACGGAGGCGAAAUGGUUAACCGGAGUGCCGAGCACACGUCGACCCUAGACCGAUUGUGCGGUUUCCUGCCAAGCGACGCCAUUGACCCGCAUUCGCCCAUUUAGAGUAAGCAUUCCCUUUGCAAGGGUAAGGUUAAGACCGAAGCAGCGCCAAGCGCCCCGACACCACAUCAGAUAAAACGUUGUUAGACAAACUUUACUUAUUAACUUAGCUUUACUUUAUAAUUUGGUGUGUGAUUAAAUAAGUUAUUGCGCUGAGCGCCGGCCGAGCGGUGCGGCGCGUGCCUAGUCCGAAUACAUAAAACAAAUAUUUAUCUACCUAAUAUCUAGCUUCAUAACACGAAUACAGAAAUAUUUAUAAAACAGUAUGUCGUCUUAAUUCAAAUGUGAAUCAAAAUUAUAAUCAGCAAAUUGUACGCUCGACCAUUCAGAGAAACAAUAGUCAGACGAAUUCUUAAGCCAAGUCAAACAAUACAAAUAUUAUUCUUGAUUCUUGCGUCUUGCAUUUCCUUGGUUGUUUGUUUUCAUUUAAUGUUUUUAAUGGCACACAGUGAAGACACUUGAAGGCGUGCUGACCCGCAGCGGGUGUGUGUUUUACUACCGAAAUAGGCUAAGGUCAGCCACCUGAAGGCUCAUGAUCCUCAUGAACGCUUUCUUUUAGAGCAUUGUCUUUAAUCAGAUUCCACGGUCAACCGUACAUGCAAUACAAGUAUAAACGCAACGCGUGACUAACAAUAAUGAAAAGAUUUGUGUAACUUCUGGGUCAAAUACGAAACAAUGAUGGUGUAUCGAUGGCUUGGCUUCUUUUAGCAUAUUCACUGAAAAUAUUUUAUAUUGUAAAUACAUGUGUUAACUAUAGAUUCUUUGGACUUUGUUGCUUAGUGAAGAGAAAUAUUACAUACAUAUUUUAGGAAAGCGUCUGUGAUUAUAAACGAAGAAAUUUGAUGAAAAACCGUUUUUAAUGUUAGUUGAAAAGUAUGUAUAAUAAUAGUUGUUAGUUUUAUUACGGUAACUAUAGUACGAGUAUGUUUGGUUUUGCGCGCUACUGCUAGCGCCGCCUUUUCUUAUGUAUUGUUCAAAAUUAUAAAUACACAAAUGAAUAAUUAUUUAAGUAAUUUUGAGGCACUUAACAAGUAGUAAAGUGUGUGUUCUAUGGUGAUAUAUUGUAUAGCUGACGCGGUCAGCACGACGUAUUUAGCACGUCGCGUCGGCACUCGGCAGGCCGCGCCGACAAACCCGCGCACGCGCGGCGGCUUAUAGGAUUCACUAUUGCAGAUUUUAUUGAGAGUUGGCAUGUAACAUUUUAAAAGUUUAUUCUAACUAUAAGACCAAUUGUUAAAUUCAUAUUUAAAAUUAACCCUCAAAUAUUUAUAUUUGUUGUAUUAUGAUGUCAAAUUAUGUUUAUCGGCCAUACCAGUACAAAUUAUAAUCCUUGUUAAAACUAACUAGCACAUUUACAGUGAUAAAAUAUACUUAUACUAUUAUAAAUUAUGUAAAUUAACCUUCAUCGUACCUACUGAAAGAAGCCUUAAAAAUCAUAGAUUUUUAAAAGAUAAUAUGGGUACUAGUUUCUACUGGCCAGCGGCCAAGGAAAAUGAUGUAUUUUUAUAAAAAAUAUUGUUCUUUAUUAACAUAUAAAAUAUGUUAAAAUUAAAGUACAUUAUUUCGUAUUUUUCUAUCAUAUAGUAGUGUACGUAAAAAAAUUAAAUGAUCAAUCCGUAAGUGAAAGUGGUUAUAUAUAAUAUUGUUAUCACUGUGUAUUAUGUAGGUACCUGCGCUGCAAUUUCUUUUGGGAUCUUAUAUUUUAGUAACAUAAGGUUAGUAGAGCGACGGGCGCCGCGGCCCGCUCGCGGCGGCGGGUGGCGGGCGGCGGGUGGCGGGUCGCGACGGCCGCUGCAGCGCGCGCCUCCGAGCGUCGUGUCGUUCGGAUGGUUUUUAUUAAUCGAACAUGUGAUUGACGGUAUGUGUAAGUAAAUGUUAAUAUUAUAUACCUAUAUUAUAGUGUCAUUGCACCAAGUGCGACGGUACCGUAAGCCGCAUCAACGAGUUGUAGAUUAGUACAUGUUGGGUAAUGUUAUUUUAUUAUUUGACUUUGCUGCUUGCGGUAUAAAAUUAUUGCACCAUGUUUUAUAUUUAAUACCGUCCAGUGAACACUGUAAAUUUAUUCUCAUGACAUAUUUUAGAGAUUUAUUUGAGUUUAGUAAUAGCGAAAUUUUAAGUAAUGAUCCAGUGGUAAUAAACAGACCGAAAGGAACAUUUCGAGAAUCUAUUAAUUAGGUACAGUUUUUUCGCACACGUUUUAUUCACAAGCAUUGAUUACUUCCAAGUCCUUAGUAGUAUCUAUCGGAUAUAUAUAGUAAAAGCGAUAGCAUACAUUACAAAACGAUAGCACAUAUAAUGGUUUAACGAACAAUUGGGGUUUUUAUAAUGUUUGUGACACAAUACGAAAAGUUCCUCUCGAUCUAUCGUACGACCUGGCCGCCCGAGACACGAGUGCGACACGGCACUAUCUUAUAAUUAGUGAUACUGGUCCGAGUCACCUUACUAAUAAUUUAGUUUGCAACAGAACAAUAGUUACCACCUAUUGGUGAUAUAUGUUAGACAUAUAUACACAUAGCAACCCGACACGUACUGUAUGAAGGGUAGUACCUGCUUUAAAGUAACUGUAAAAAAAAGUUCCUUCUAAUGUUGUUGUGGUAAUUUUAUUACAAAAACAUUACCUCCAUUCAAUGAUACAGAACAACCGAAUAAUAUUUUAUUGUAUAUAGGUAUAUCGCAUAAAAUGUUUGUAAGUUAGGUACGUCGCUUGGUGAUCGUCCAUCCCCACUUUUGUAACCACGUACGAUCAGUUUCAGUUAUCGUGUAGCUCUUCCGUUUCUAACACACUGCUAGCGGUUACGUGUUUUGUAUAGAUGCUUUAAAUAUCAUUUUACAUAUUCUGUAGGGUAUUUGACUACUAGUCAAAUCAGUUUCUUUUUUCGAACUGUCAAAACGAUUUGCUACUAUGAAAUUUAUAUGAAACACUAGCAUGUGGCGUCACGAUCAAAUUACCUUCUCUUUAUAGUUUGAUACGGGCUUCAAAAUAGAAAUAAAAUGAAAUGAAAUUUAUUGAUAUGUGUGUAGAAAUUGUGUUUAAAAAUAACUGCUGUCUACGUUUCUCUAUUAUUCUUCUGGUGCUUUAUUUCAUGCAUAGUGUAAAAUAAUUUAUUUUAAAUACAGUCAAAUACCCUAUUACCUACUCUUUUUAUAUUUCUAAUUAUCACUUAAAUUUUCAUGUAUUUAGGUUCAGGGAAGUUCUGAUUAGUGAAGGGAUUCUUAUAUCCAGUUUUGGAUCUGCAACAAGCAGGGGCUGGGCGGGUGUAAUGGUUAUAUUUAUGGCAUAGUGCAAUAGGCGUUUAAUGGUUAUAUCGCUGGAGCCUUCGGGCUCCUUUGAGGUAAUUGAAGAAGAGGCUUAAGGUGUGCUACGUGCUUAGGAUGGAGUACGUAGAAGGGAUGGUAGCGGAAGAGCCACACAUGGCCAACGGUAGCGCUCAUGCUCUCCAGGAGAGUAACAUUCUUGGCGUCUGGUGGCAGCCGGCCGUAAAACGAAAGCCAAUAUAUUUAUCUUAGUUAUGAAAAGUCCAGAAAGAGAUACAAGUAUAAACACUAGGGCAUACCCCUCAAGCGACGGCACCAGGAAAAGCAGAGCGACAAAUACUAGGGCGUACCCCCAAAGCGAGGGAAGAAACAUCGAACCUAGAUUCUAAAAUCAUAAAUUGCGAAUCGCUAGUUGGAAUGUAGGCUCGAUGACAGGACGCAGCGCUGAAUUGAGCGAAGUUCUCCGCUGAAGACGCAUAAAUAUUCGUUGUAUACAGGAGACAAAAUGGAAGGGGUCAAAAUCGAGACAAAUAGGGAACAAUUACAAGCUCGUCUAUCACGGAAGCGGACAACGGAAAGGUGUAGGAAUUGUCUUAGAUAAAGAUCUGCAAGAUCGAAUGGUCAACAGAUAAAACUUGCACUAGAUGUAUGAAUGUAAUAACCGCAUAGUUGGCUAGUUGGCUGCUCAAACGCUGGAAAACAGCUCUUCUGGGAUGACAUCCACGAUAUUCUGCAGUCGAUACCAUCGGACGAGUCGAAGUACAUUGGCGCAGAUCUAAACGGACAUGUGGGGAGUACUACGAACACAUACCAAAGAGUGCAUGGAAACCAGGGCUUCGCAAGGUAGAACGCAGGUGAAUCCGUACUACAGUUCGCAGCUACGUAUGAUCUUGCCAUCAUCAAUACCUUUUUUAUGAAAGCAGACCAACACCUAAUAACAUACAAAAGCGGUGGAAACUGUACACAGAUUGAUUACAUUCUGGCAAAAUGUCAGGUUGUUCAAAGACUGUAAAGUGAUCCCCGGAGAAUCUCUGACCGCACAACACAGGAUCCUAGUUGCAGCUUCUUGUAAAAAGGUCUAUAAAGGUAAAGAAAGAUAGACCCAGAAUAAGAUGGCACAGGUUAGACCGAUCAGAGGGGCACAAACUGGUAAACGACAUAAAGGAUGAAAUGAUAGCAAUAAACAACGACAACAACGUUGUAGCAACAUGGGAUGCCUUCCAAAGCUUCUGCAACCAGAAAGCUGAUAAACAUUUUGGUAUGUCGAAGGAGCCUCUGAGCAACGACAAAGACGCGAAAUGGUGGAAUGGCGAUGUGAGAGAUAAGGUGGCGCGAAAAAAUACCAUUUUUAAACAGUGGCAACAAACCAAUGAUGCAUCAGAUAACGUUGCGUACAAAGAUGCAAAGAAAGAGGAGAAGCGGGCGGUAGCGCAAGCUAAAGCUUCCUGUGAUAGCAAUUUCUACGCAAAGCUGGAAUCAGUGCCAACACCAAAGACGCGAAGACCAUCAAGUACAUAAAAAACGAAAGGGGUCAACUGCUUACAUCAGACUGCGAUAUCCAGAUGAGAUGGAAAGAUUACUACUCUCGAACAUACCCGAGCACAGCGCCCACGGACACAACACCCCCAACGGCAGGCCCUAUUCCGUGUAUAACACCUGACGAAGUACACGCAGCCGUCAAAGCUAUGGCCAACAAUAAAGGAUUGAGACCAGACAAUAUUCCUGCCGACCUGUGGAAGAAGUUAGGUCCGAAAGGAGUGGUAUUUCUGACCAAUCUUUUUAACACGAUCAUAACGCAGGGUAUACCAAGCGAAUGGAGGAAAAGUCACCUCAUCCCAUUUUAUAAGAACAAAGGAGAUAUAAGACUAUGCGAAAAUUACAGAGCAAUAAAACUUAUACCUCAUACUCUAAAGAUAAGGGAACGCAUAAUAAGCAGAUUACUCCAGUUUAUUGAGAUCACCGAAAACCAGUGUGGCUUUGUUGCGGGAAGAUCGACCACUGACGCAAUUCAUACCAUUCGAAUCCUAAUCGAAAAAUUCAGGGACAACAGGGCAGACCUACACAUGGCGUUCAUUGGCCUAGAAAAAGCAUUCGAUAGAAAUCUAAUCUGGCAGGCACUGCGAGCACAUAAUGUACCCGAAUGCUACAUUGAUACCGUAAAAGAUGUGUGAAUGAUGUCACAACCAGAGUGCGCUGCCCAGCAGGAGUGAGUGACGAGUUUGAAGUAUAGGUCGGCGUCCGUCAGGGGUCAGCUCUGAGCCCCCUUCUCUUUAACAUCAUAAUGAAUUACUUAACCGCCAAAUUGCAACAACCACCGCCAUGGACACUGCUCUAUGCGGACGACAUAGUCCUCAUUAGUGAAACAUGUCACGAGGUACAAAAAAUGCUGGAGGACUGGAGAGUUGCGUUGGAAAGUGCAGGCUUACGGAUAAGCCGCCAUAAAACAGAAUAUAUAUGCACUGUAACUUCAGCGGUAACCGAAACCUCCAUAUCAUCCCCUUGGAAGGAACGCCAUUAAAUCAUGUUAACAGCUUUAAAUACCUAGGCGCGGUCAUUUCCAGCAAUGGUACCAUUGACACCGAUGUCUACCACGGAAUAAACACAGGUUGGAUGAAGUGGAAGGACCUAACUGGUGCCAUAUGUGACAAGAGAAUGCCGGUAACCAUUAAGGGAAAAGUUUAUAAAGCGGCAGUCCGUCCGGCCAUGGCGUACGGCGCCGAGUGCUGGCCCCUCAAAAAACAGCUAGAGGAUAAACUUCACGCCGCCGAAAUGAAAAUGCUGCGCUGGGCCGGUGGUGUCACCUUACUAGACCGCAUCCGUAACACCUACGUCCGUGGUAGUUUUAAAGUAAGAUCUUUACCCGAAAAAAUAACCGAAGGGUGACUUCGAUGGUUUGGGCACGUCAUGCGCCGAGAACAACACACACACAACACAUGACACGCAAGGUGCUGGAUAUGUUCCCCACACAAUCGCGACGAGGAAGACCCCGACUGACAUGGCUGGCAAAAGUGAACAGGGAUAUGGAGGAAGCCCAAAUCCCCCCUGCGAUGAUCCAGGACCGAGAAUCCUGGCGAAAUAUAACUAGGAGAGCCGACCCCAAAUAAUGGGAAAAGGACAAGGACAAGAAGAAGAUAGUGCAAUAGGCGUUGCGUGCGACUCUUGCUUAGCCAGAUGAAUGGGCCUGAGCCUGCUGGGCCUGUCCGGGCUGGGUACUCGGUAAGGACAAGGACACCCGUCUGGCUCUAUGGUUCACUAGCUCUCCUACCUUCUUAAAUAAUAUAUCACUUUUAAAACAAUUUAUACCACAAUUUUUGAUUCCUUUGUUGUUUAUUUAAUUUUACCGAAUAUGUUACCAUUUAUACAGUAUUUAUUUGUACGUGAUUUUGCAGUUUAAUAUUUAACGUAACAGUAUUAAUGUUUUGUACCAGAUAUAUUCCGUGCACCGCGCUAAUACAGGGAAUCAAGUAUUGUUGUAUCGUGAGUGAUGACUGCCAUAUAGCCUACUGUUCAAUAGAAAUCUUAUUACCAGCGUAUACCUAGUUGAUCUUACCUAUGUUGAAUGAAUACAACAUGAUAUAUAUACAUAUAUAUAUAUAUAUAUAUAUAUAUAUUAUAUCUACUAGAUACGUAAGAAACAGACACGUAAGAGGUUUGAAAGGAGUGAGACAGUUAGUUUGAUAUGUUAUGUUCCGGUGUAAAGUGAUAUGACAAGCAGCAGACGGGGUAGCGCGGAGCUGAUGGAGCAUUGGAGCCACACGCCAUUUUUACGGGGUCUACACAAGAAGUAUAACUUCUUUUGUAAUUGUAUUUUAAUUUUAUUGCCAUGUUUACUUAGGUCGAUCCGAGAUCCGAGAACCGCGUAAACCAUACGGUACGGUACUCGGGCGCCAAAUCUAUGCUACAAUCUUGCGUUGGCUCCGAGAGGCACGAGUUUUAGGUACAAACAUGUAUGUUUUUGUGAUAUUAUAAAUGGCGCGUAGGUUGUUACAUUAAUCGUGAAAUACAAGAAGUGAAUCGAUGAAGGUCCAAGGUGAAGUGCAUGGUUACAGAGUGGCGUGCCAUUAGUUAGGUAAUUGAUUAGGUACAGGGUUUGUGACAGUGUUGCUCAGGAGACGCACGCGCCCUUCCAUUCUCCACAAGUACAAUAUUUCUGUUUUCUCCAUGGAACUACUAAUUUAGACAAUAAACGGUUCAACAAUAAGGUGCCAGUGUUCAUAAGUUAAUUUUAGCUUCAGUUAGUCAGUUUAAUCGCUAUUUCACUUUUUGUUAUCUGCUUAUUUUUAUCGACAACAAUUUCGUUAUUGAGUAAGAGUUAUUCUAUGCAUAUUAACAUUAAACCUACUAUUUACUUUUUAAAGUUAGGUUGUAAUAUAUAGAUUAAAGUUGUAUUUUAAUGUCUGUGUAAGGAAUAUCUAUAUUUAUAAAUUACAAUGUAAGUACAUAUUUGAAAAUAUACACUUAGUGUGUUAUAAAUGUACAUUUGAGUCGAGUUGUAAGCGAUGAGUGGUCAGGCGGAGUCGCUUCGCUCAGAUUCGGCGACGACACGUGCGCGUGCGCGUCGCACACAUUCCAAAAUAAUGCUAAUGGUAACGCUACAUGAGGCGAUCCAAUUUGUAAGUUAACCACUUUGUUGUUCAUUAACGAUAAGUUAGAUUUAAUCUCAGUCGACGUGUUGUUUAACUUUAAUCUGUGUAUAGUAUUCUCUCGGUUAAGUUUAUGUGAGGACGUGAAUUUGAGCGAAUUGACAUGCCGUUGCCUGGAGGGUUCAUAUUAGCUAAUAAGUCUUUUAAAGACCUAAACAUUAUUUUCUGUUGCACCCAACUUUAUUUUGCGAGCCUGUAAGUUCUGAUUCAUGAUUAUUGUAAAUAUAGUUAGGUCAACGUAAACAUUACAGUUUUACUCGAGCUAUUAAAAGGUUAUUUUAUUGUUGAUUCUGAAUAAUGGGCUAAAGGAUACCAAUGCAAUUCGCAUUUGUUGUUAGUAUAUUGAAAUUCUUGAUGCGAUACAGUACACGGCUGUUUACGUGUCACUGUGGUCUGAGGGCGAGGAACGCACCUCGCAACUCGGCGGCCCAGCCGCUCGACGUAUCAUAAUAUACAUAAGUACACCUCUAAGUUACGCCAUACUGGCUUGUUGUGAGGCUGACGCAUUCUGACUGAACGCAAGCGAUGUGAUCGCUGUUGUUGUGGCUUCAAAACGGAAGGUAGCAUCACACUUUUGUCUAAGCAUCACUAUGAUUUUAUUAAAUUAAUUAGCCGCGGGCGUGGAACACAUUACUCUAUAUAAUUUGUAAAUAUACGUAAACGCUAGUAAUGAUUUUACGCCCAUUAUUUGUCAUUAAAGAUGUCAAAUACUUGAUACGAUAUAUUUGUGUUGGGUUUACAGGAAGAAAAUUAGUACUAUAUCCUGUUAUAUUUUAGGUACCAUUUUAUAAUAGUGUUAUUAAAAGUUUAUAUUUUUUCGUGCCCUUGUUCCAACGCGAAUAAUAAAUAUUUAAUAGAAAACAUACAAAUAGAGUCUAAUUUUAACAGUGGUUUUACCGUCUGCGGUCCUUAAGACGACUUGCCUAGUUAUAAUUUUGAAUUUAAAGUACGUUUUGAUGUCACCGCAAUACAGUUUCAGUUAUAGUGGAUUCGCCGGGAUAAAGUACUAUAGCCACGCUACACUGUGUCAUUACCUCACAUUACGUCUUUUAUACCAUUAUAAGGUAAAAUAGUUAAUGUUGUCACUAAAUCUUUAAACUUAUUUUAAUUGUAAAUUUUGUUUAGAGAUGUCUAAGUUUGUAUUUGUAAACACGACCUAUUUUUAGUCGGCAACAUAGAUACAUGUAUAGCGACGCGCUGUCUCUUGGGCUGUGUGUCGCUGUGUAUUUAUUUCCAUGGUGAUCAAGAAACAUUGUGAGACGCUCGCGCGCGCUGCGGCAGGGGCCACGCUCUCGCCGCCCGCGCCGCCCGUUAUUGUAGAAAUAAAUGAUAUUUUCGUUUACA